GUGAUCAAGUGUAGAGGUAUUAUUUACAGGGACAAUGCCAAGAUACACUGUGCAGGUGCGAGGAGAGUGGUUAACUGUUCCAUGUAAAGAUGCUUGUGAAACCAUUAAAUGGCUUGGUAAAGAAGCACUAAGACGCUACAUUAAGAAUAAGCCUAAUAAUGAAUUACUUGGUUGUGUUGAGGAUGUAAAGUUCUAUGUUCGGAGAUGUAAAGGCCUGGGCUUGCUCGACCUUGAUGAUGCAAUCGAAGAUGUCUUGGAGAAUGAUGAAUUUCUUGAAGUUGUUGUGGAAGAUGACGUUAUGUCACCAGAUUUCAUUCCAUCACAACCAGAAGGCUCCCAUCUGUACAGUAAAUACAAAGAACCAAGUGAGUAUAUUUAUGUAGAUGGAGAGAGUUUGACGCCACAAGAUGUGUUCAACUUGGGAAAAGGGCUCUACAAAAUCAAGCUCAGCCCAGAAUCUGAAUUUAAAGUGAAGCAAUCCAGGCUUUUAAUAGAAAGCAUCAUCCAAGAGAAGAAAGUGGCAUAUGGAAUCAAUACAGGAUUUGGAAAAUUUGCCCGCACCGUCAUUCCAGAGAGUAAACUCAAAGAACUUCAAGACAAUCUUGUGAGAUCUCAUUCAGCAGGUGUUGGGAAACCUCUGAGUCCUGAGCGUACACGCAUGCUUUUUGCAUUACGGAUUAAUGUCUUGGCAAAAGGGUACAGUGGUAUAUCAUUGGAAACGUUACAACAAGCUAUUGAUGCUUUUAAUGCAAGUUGUUUGCCAUAUGUCCCAGAGAAGGGCACAGUUGGAGCUAGUGGAGAUCUUGCCCCACUCUCCCAUCUUGCAUUGGGUUUGAUUGGAGAAGGCAAAAUGUGGUCACCCAAGAGUGGAUGGGCUGACGCCAAAUAUGUCCUGAAAGCUCAUAAUCUAAAGCCUGUCUCCUUAAAGCCAAAAGAGGGUCUCGCUUUAAUCAAUGGGACUCAGCUGAUUACAUCCCUGGGUUGUGAAGCUGUCGAGAGAGCCAAUGCAAUCGCUAAACAGGCUGACGUUGUUGCUGCCCUCACACUUGAAGUCCUCAAGGGCACAGUAAAAGCCUUUGAUGCUGAUAUUCAUGCAAUGAGACCCCAUCCUGGACAAGGAGAAGUUGCUUUUCGUUUUCGAUCACUUUUGGAUUCUGAACAUCACCCAUCAGAGAUUGCAGAAAGCCAUCGAUUUUGUGAUAAAGUUCAGGACCCAUACACAUUACGCUGUUGUCCUCAGGUACAUGGGGUAGUGAAUGACACAAUCGCCUUUGUGAAGAACAUAAUCAUGACAGAAGUUAACAGUGCUACAGACAAUCCUAUGGUCUUUUCAGAACGAGGAGAGAUCAUUUCAGGUGGGAACUUCCAUGGUGAAUAUCCAGCAAAGGCUUUGGAUUACCUUGCAAUUGGGGUGCAUGAACUUGCUGCCAUAAGUGAAAGGAGGAUUGAAAGACUGUGUAACCCCUCACUCAGCGAGCUGCCAGCAUUUCUAGUUACAGAGGGAGGCUUAAACUCUGGCUUCAUGAUCGCUCAUUGCACUGCUGCAGCUCUUGUUUCAGAGAACAAAGUUUUGUGCCAUCCUUCAUCUGUAGAUUCCAUCUCCACCAGUGCAGCUACAGAAGACCAUGUGUCCAUGGGAGGAUGGGCAGCCAGGAAAGCUCUGAAAGUUGUCGAGCAUGUAGAAUAUGUUUUGGCCAUUGAGCUGCUUGCUGCAUGCCAGGGGUUGGAGUUUCACCGCCCACUUCAAACCACAACUCCUUUGGAAAAAGUGUAUGACCUUGUACGAUCAGCUGUGAGGCCUUGGAUGAAAGACCGUUUUAUGGCUCCAGACAUAGAGAGAGUGCACAGAUUGCUUCGGGACCAAAAGGUUUGGGAGGUAGCAGAACCCUAUAUUGAAAAAUACAGAAAAGAGCACAGUCUUGCAUCAAGAUCUCUCUCUUCCCUGGCUUCUUCACUGGAUUGCCUCUCACUGAGUAACUUUAAUCUACAUGAUCAUAAUGAGUCUUCAUGAGAACCGUAUAGACAAUUUUUUGAAUGGGAAGGGGAACUACUGCAUGCAGCCAACUUGUUGAGGUCUCUAUCAUUAGAAAAUAUAUAGGCAGCACAGUAUAUAUAUAUAUAUGUAUAAUAUUUAACUAUUAGCAUUUAGUUUGCUAUCCUGCAUUCUUGCUAAGCUUCACUUUAUUAGAAGAGGAAAUAUAUUUCUGCCAAAGAAUGCAGCAUUUAAUAAAUGGUUUGUGAAUCACAUUUCUCUGCGAUACUUUAACAUUAAAAUAGGGAUGUCCAAUCUGUAGGCCUCCAGCUGUUGUUGAACUGCAACUCCCUGAAUACCGCAGACACCCAAGGGCUAUGAGGGAAUUAUGGGCAUUUUAAUGCAACAACUGAAGGACCACAAGUUGGACAUCCCUGUGCUAAAAAGUAGUUGUGUCAUGUAAAGGACAUAGUGCAGAAGCUACUGUAAUAUGAUACUACUCUGUAAUUUACCACAAAUUCACAGAAAUAGAGGAAUGGGAAAAUAUAGAUCCUAUGUUUUGGAAAUCCUUUUGAGAAAUAUAAUUUUUACUGCAGAUUAAUGUUUUAAAAAUUUAAAAUAAAUAAAUCAGUUUUCUUAUUGACAGAA